CAGGGUUGGGGAGUCCGUUACAUGUAAGGGAUUACAAAACACGGUAACUGUAAUCCGUAACGUUACAAGCAAAAAAAUUGUAAUGGGAUUACAGAUACUUUUGAAAAACUAGAUGAUUACUUCAUGGAUUACAUUCAGAACGGAUGUUUACGACAAACAUUUUUUGGACACUUCUCUGUUUUCUUAAUGACAUUCAAAUCAGCUUUGAAAAAAGGCGCACAUUUAAGUUUGUUCCACCCGAGCGAGUCUGACCACAAGUCGAAGACCACUAUGACGACACACCAGAUGUGUUUGAUGGAUCACGUUAAAAGAGCAGGAAUAGGCUUUUGUAGGCUACAGUUCAAGCUAUGUCUUCCAAUGGUACGACUGCUGUCAGCAUCCAAAGAUUAUCCAAUUUGAAUAAACACUUGGAGACCUCAGCAGAAAUGAACACAGCUCCCCCUGCAGGAAGCGCCCUGGCAACGCCCGCUGGAACAGCUGGCCCCACCACCCCCAAGAAGGGACCCCCCAAGUUCAAGCAGAGGCAAACCCGUACAUUCAAGAGCAAGGCCCCCAAGCCUGGCCAGAAAGGAUUUGGUGAUGACAUCCCCGGCAUGGAGGGUCUUGGCACAGACAUAGCAGUGGUCUGCCCAUGGGAGGCCUACGGCGACAUGGAGCUCAGUGAUCUGGCCAAAUAUGGAAUCAUCUAAGACUGCUGCCUCCUGCCUUCCCUUAACCUCUCCGCUCUUGACCCUUUCCUUCUGUGUUAGUCUGGCGCGCCACCAUAAGGCGCCUGGCCAUCCCCCUAAAGUCGUCUCGUCACUCCACGCUGUUCUUAAGUCUGUUGUGGUCAGGCACUGCGGCCUGAAAGACCACAUACGGUGGGCAGACGGAACACUGAACUGUUUAUUUGUAUUAUUAUCAUAUAAUAGUAUUAUACUGUAUUUUAUACAGGACAUAAGAGAUACUUGAUGUGAUACAACAAGACCACCCCCACCCCUCCUCUCUACAAUAGCCUACCUCGGCUCCCCCUUCCCUCUUUCCUUUUGUAAUCCCUCAGAUCCCUUUAGUCCCCCAAUUCCUCUGGGAACCAUCAACCACAGCAAUGGACGCAAGCAAAGACUAGCUAUGACUAGCUUGUACUUGCUUAUAGUCUACUACAGAACUGUAAAUAUGUCUCUGUUUCCAAUGCAACCUCUACCUUCGUUACCCUCCCUUUUUACCCCAAUCUCUUUAUUUUGCAUUGUGUUUUUUACUUGUUGUUGAUAAGGCGUGCUACUGUGAACACACAGGAAACGAAAGGGAUGAGACCAGGGAGGAGGGUGUGUGAUGCUUUGUCAUAGAUCAUUAUGGUGAAGGCAUUCCCUGUUAUCCCUGUGGUGCCACACUGCCCCCUUCUUAGUGUACGGUACGCCACCAAACAAAAUAUAAAUAUAUCGAUGUGUUACAAACACAUUUAUAUGACGGAAUGUGUAUGUGUGAUUGUAUGUCCUGAUAGAUCCAUUAAAGUUUUUAUUUUCAAUACUCA